GUCACGACGCCCAUCGCCAUUACGGAAAAAAAAUUAGGAAACCUAUUUGUAUUUACUAUUUUCCAAGUACAAAUUGAAAAUAAUCCACUGUUUUCUGCGUUUAAAUGGUUGCAAUAAUUAUUGCAACUGUACAAAUACUGGCAAAUAACUUUGAGAAGUUUUCAUAGUUUUACUGGUUAACUUGUCACUUGUACAUUUUAAAAAAAAUCAUGCCUAAACGUGGAGGAAGAUUGAGGAAUUGGAAGCCAAAUGAGCACUUUGAACAUGACGACCGUGCACACUCUAACAACACCAGGCGAGUCAGCUUUAAACCUGGUACAAAUAAAGGAAAAAGCAAAUUCCGUUCGUGGAAUGACGCUCACGCAUCGCAAUUAUUGUUGGAUGGAGACAUUGAUAUGGGGGCAUCUGGAGGUCAAGGACCUAACAGGAAAGGCUUUAGAGCUAGAGGAGGAAGACUAGGAUCUCCUGCACCACGGCCGGCUGCCAGAAAGAAGUUCAUGCCUGGGUUACUACCAUGGUAUCAAAUAAUAAUACCAUAUGGAGCUAAACAUGAUAAAGAAGUAAUUUUAAGAGUACUAUUGAGCCACAUAUCUCCAGAUGUGUUUAUACCUCAUUACUACAAAAUAAAUGGCAAUGCAGCUGUAUUCUACGUUGAUGAUGCAAAAAUAGCAGAAAAGCUGUUUAAUGCUGAUAGAAAGAUUGUUAUGUCAGAUGGGUUUAAACUGGUUGUGAUUGUUCGCAACUCUGUGCCAAAUGUGACCAUUGAUGCAGAUAUGAAAGAGAAGAUGAAGCUUGCGAUGGCUAAGAGGUACAAUGCUGCGACUAAGGCUUUGGAUUUGACAAAGUUUCAUGCUGAUCCAGAUUUAUGUGACAUAUUCUGUGCCCUAUUCCGUCCAAUGAUAAUGUUGGCCGCAAUAGACAUAAUUGCUGAGAACAUUCCAGACCUUGAAGCUCUAAACCUGAAUGACAAUAAGCUACAUGGCAUCGAACAUCUGAAGGCCCUUUGCGUCAAGUUAAAAAACCUAAAAAUACUGUACUUAGGUGACAAUAGGAUACCAUACCUGGGAUCAAUGGAGCCACUCAAGCCCCUCCCCCUUGUGGAAUUGUAUCUCAAAGGAAACCCACUGGUGAACAGGUUCAGUGACCAUGACAUUUACGUGAGUGACGUCAGGAAGAAGUUCCCCAAAUUGGUGAGACUGGACGGCGUGGACCUUCCCCCGGCGAUCGGCUUCGACGUGUCCGACGAAGUCAGCCUGCCUUCCAACAGACAGUGGUUCCUCAUAGAUCAGGCCGGCCAGACCUUAGUCCGGGACUUCCUCACGCAAUACUUCGCGAUAUAUGACUCGGACUCCAGGCAGCCAUUGCUUGAGGCGUACGAUGAAACUGCUAUGUUAUCUAUGGCGGCAUCGUACCUCACUGGCGAUUGCAGAAAUACUCCUGAAAACAGACUAAACGCGUACAUAUCAAAAAGUCGAAACAUACUGAGGAUUACGGAAAGGGAAUCCAGACGACGACACUUGAAGAUCGGCAGACUGCAAGUAGUUUCUUUCCUGUCAGAUUUGCCGAAAACUAAACAUGACCUGUUGGGAUUCGCUGUCGAUUUACCAGUGUUUACACCUGGUUUGAUAGUUGUAACUAUGAAUGGAGUAUACAGAGAGACAAACGUCACCGGUAACCCGACGAGGGCGUUCCACCGAACGUUUGUGAUCGUACCUAACAGCAACGGUGGAUUUUCCAUCACUAAUGAUAUGCUGUUUGUUACCAACACCACCCGAGAACAGGAGGACAAAGCAUUCUCAUCAGGCACUCCCGACCAACCUGUAGUCCACCAGCCAGCACAAGUAGUCCAAGCGCCAGUGGCCGCAACACCAGCACUACACGACGAAAACCAACGCAUGAUGUUGAACAUGCUUGGACAGCAGACAGGCAUGAACGAGCACUGGAGCAUCAAUUGUCUACAAGAAACCGGUUGGGACUACCAACGUGCGUUGUUCAUCUUCAACCAACUUCAUUCAGAAGGCAAAAUACCUCCUGAGGCUUUCGUCAAAUGAACCGGUUGCUGCUCCCAGUGGCUGUGCCAUUUUUGGGUUCUGCACCUGAAAAGGGAAAACACAAUCCUUACUGUGUAUAUAUAGACAGUUCUUUGUUACUCAAAACCAAGAGUGAAUGAAGAAAGAACGAAGAUAGAAGAAUGAACUGUUGUAGUGUGUUAUAAAAAAAAAUCUGCCAAAAAAAUUACUGGCAAUGAAUUUAUAGUUUUUGACUAUGUAAAUAGUAAUUGCACAAAAAAAAAACGUUUUUUUUUAUUGUUUAGUGAAAAUAAUACUAACAUUACCUUAUGGUUAAAAUUAACACUAAAAAAGUUAAAUAAAAUUAAAACAGGAAAUGUUAUAAAUACGCUAAUACUUUUAUUACACGUGAUAGUGUUUUUAUGAAAAGUUUUAAUUUAAAUAGUUUGUGCCUGAUUAAAAAAAAGUUCAUUGGAUAUAAUAAAGAAACAAAUCGAAAAGAGUGGCGUGAAUCAUUCGCUCUCACUUACGCAUUAUUCUUGUGUAGUAUGUGUGAAUAAGUCGGAAUGAUUAGCACUGCUUCGUUUUGAUUCGUAUCUUUACU